AGUACUUGGACAUCCGCGGCGAGCUCUACUGGACACCGCCGGACUUCUGCAACAAGGCGCGGCACGCCACGUACAGCCAGAACCAGACGGGAGUGAUCGCGCACAACGUGGGCCUAAGUUACUGCGCGUUCGAGGACUCGUCGAGGCUGUACUGCGAAGACCCCGCCAACUGCAUCAUCGAAGGGGACUCCAUCCGGUGCGUCAAGGCGCCCUCCUCCGCCCUGAUCGCCAGCCUCGUGGGCUAGGGGCAUCUGGAUCGCCCUCGUGCCCGGCGGCUACCUUAAGUCAGCCAGCGGUGACCUCGCGAAGUGCGAUGCCGGCAGCCAUCAGAUUUCACCGAGAAAACGAAAAAUAACGCACGACAAGAAUUAUAUAGCUUUUUGCAGCAUUGUUAGAAUUUUUCACUUUGUACUUGAAAAUUUCCCAAUACAUAUACUUAGUUUCAAUAAACACAUCAUGUGAAAGAAA